GGGCGAAAGCCCCUCAAGGCCGAAUGAGCUGCAGCUGCCAGCCUGGGGACCUCUUUUAAGAUGACCCGCACGGACCCACCAGACUUGCUGGUGUCGACCGUGUACCAGGACAUCAAGCUGGCGGCGCCGGGGCCCUCGUCCAAACGCGCGCCAUGUGAGCGCUCCAUGGCCCGGCCUGCUGCGCCCGUGCCCUUCAACAAGCGCCACUGCCGCAGCUUCGACUUCCUGGAGGCGCUGGACGGGGCGGACAUGGAGGCCCUCCCCGAGCCGCCGCCCCCGGAGCUCACGGUGCCGGGGCCCCGCCACGCGGCGCUGUCGCGCACACCCACCCCCAGUGACUCGUACUGCGUGGAUCCCCGGGCGCUGUACUGCGACGGGCCCCUGCCUGGGCCCCGGGACUACUCAGAGCGCCGAAGUGUGCCCUUCACCACCCCGCCCGGCCCCACCCAGUUCUUCUACACGGAGGAGCCCGAGGGCCAUCCCGGGGGCUUCGCGGCCAGCCCGGGGCCCCCCUUCGACAUGUACUUCCCCAGGCCCUUCCCGCCCGAGGAGCCGCCCGGGCCCAGUCCAAGGCGCGGGGGCGGCUACUACGCAGGGGAAGUGCGCACCCUCCCCGUGCACGAGCCGCCCUCCCGUUCCUACUACGGAGAGGCCCCCCGCGCCUACGGGCCGCCCUGGGGCCCCCGCUACCCGCCCGCGGACACCCAGGCCCACCCGGCCGCCCGGCCCUUCUACACAGAAGACUUAGGACGGUACCGAGACCGCGACGCCCUGGCGCGGACUUACCCACACCCACGCGGUAGCCCGGCCUGGGGCGACUGGGGCCCGCGGCCUUACCGGACCCUGCAGGUGGCGCCUCCCCCGGGCCCCGGCGCACUGCUCGCGUCCUGCGCGGACGAAGACGACCUGAUGACCUGCUCCAACGCGCGCUGCCGGCGCACCGAGACCAUGUUCAACGCCUGCCUCUACUUCAAGUCCUGCCACAGCUGCUACACCUACUACUGCUCGCGCCUGUGCCGCCGCGAGGACUGGGACGCGCACAAGGCGCGCUGCGUGUACGGCCGCGUGGGCAGCGUGUGCCGCCACGUGCUGCAGUUCUGCCGCGACAGCGGCCCGGUGCACCGCGCCUUCUCGCGCAUCGCACGCGUGGGCUUCCUGUCUCGCGGCCGCGGCGUGCUCUUCCUGGGCUUCCCCAGCCCCGGCUCCGCGGACAACUUCCUGCGCUUCGGCCUCGAGGGGCUGCUGCUGUCACCCACCUACCUGUCCCUGCGCGAGCUGGCCACGCACGCGGCACCGCUGGGCGGCCGGCGCGCGCGCGAGGUGGCCUUCAUCCACAUCCAGCGCGAGCUGCGGCUGCGCGGCGUCUUCCUGCGCCACGAGUUCCCGCGCGUCUACGAGCAGCUCUGCGAGUUCGUCGAGGCCAACCGGCGCUUCACGCCCACCACCAUCUACCCCACGGACCGGCGGACCGGCCGCCCCUUCAUGUGCAUGAUCAUGGCCGCCUCCGAGCCUCGCGCCCUGGACUGGGUGGCCAGCGCCAACCUGCUCGACGACAUCAUGUGA